UGCCCCCCGAGCCUAUCUCUCUCUAUGAGGCGGGAGUGAGUCUCCUGGCCAACCUGUCCGUCUGUCAGUCCGACCGUACUUCUUUCUCCCAUCGUCCCCCCGCCCCAACUUCUGCAGGGGUCCGAGGAGGAGGGGGAAAGAGCAGGUCUCCAACAGCAGUGGGGACACCCGCAAGAGCGGCUGUUUGCUAAGUACCAAACCCCCAGAGGGCGAGAGCGCGUGUAUAACCAAAGAGAGACCGAGAGCUAUCAUCCGCCCACCAAUAAGUGCCGGGCACCGGAGUCCAGCCCUCCCUCCCUCCUUUCCUCCCUCCCUCUCUCCCUCCCUCCCUCUCUUUCUCUCUCCCUCCUCCCCUCUUUCUGCCUCGGCUUCUGCACUGCCGAGCACCUCCACCUCUCGCUCGCAGUCUGAGCCGCAUCGGCAGCGGCGCAGUCUGUCCGUCAGUCCGUCCGUCCAGGCUGCAGGGAGCCUAGCGGAGGAGGACGGAGCCAGGGCACCGGACCAGGGCUCGCCACCUCCCGGCGGCACCUUCGGCUUCUGAGGUCCGCGAGACAGCAGGAAAGGACUGCUUGGGGGGACGCCCCAGUCUCCCUGCGGAGGAAGCUUGCUGACGAGCCGCCACCAUGGCCCGCGGGAAAGCCAAGGAAGAGGGGAGCUGGAAGAAAUUCAUCUGGAACUCGGAGAAAAAGGAGUUUUUGGGCAGGACCGGUGGCAGUUGGUUUAAGAUCCUCCUCUUCUACCUAAUAUUCUAUGGGUGCCUAGCUGGCAUAUUCAUUGGGACCAUCCAAGUGAUGCUGCUCACCAUCAGUGAAUUCCAACCUAAAUAUCAGGAUCGAGUAGCACCACCAGGAUUGACACAGAUCCCUCAGAUACAAAAGACUGAAAUUUUCUUUCGUCCAAGUGAUGCCCAGAGCUUUAGUGCAUAUGUGGUGAGCCUUAAUCGAUUCCUGGAGAAAUAUACAGAAGUAGCCCAGAAGGAUGAACUAGAAUUUGAGGACUGUGGUGACGUACCAAGUGAUUACAAAGAUCGAGGAGAUUUUAACAAUGAACAAGGGAAGAAGAGGGUCUGCAGGUUCAGGCGGGAAUGGCUGGGGAACUGCUCUGGAUUACUGGAUGAAACCUUUGGCUAUUCAAGUGGCAAACCUUGCAUCAUCAUAAAACUCAACCGAGUUCUGGCCUUCAAACCUAAGCCUCCAAAAAAUGAUUCCCUGGACAAGGAUCUGAUGACACGAUAUAACCCAUAUGUCCUUCCUGUUCAUUGUACUGGCAAGAGAGACGACGAUAAGGAGAAAAUUGGAAACGUGGAAUACUUUGGCUUGGGUGGCUAUUCUGGUUUUCCACUGCAAUAUUAUCCAUACUAUGGUAAACUCCUGCAGCCCAAGUACCUCCAGCCCCUCCUGGCGGUGCAGUUCACCAACCUUACCACUGACACAGAAAUCCGCGUGGAGUGUAAGGCGUAUGGUGAAAAUAUUGGCUACAGUGAAAAAGACCGUUUUCAGGGACGCUUUGAUGUGAAAUUUGAAAUAAAGAGCAGCUGAUCACAAGCACAGUCUUCCCCCUUAGCCAUUUAAAAAAGUUUAAAAAAAAUUAUAAAAAACAAAAACCUACUAGUCUUGAACAAACUGUCAUACGUAUGGGACCUACACUUAAUCUAUAUGCUUUACACUAGCUUUCUGCAUUUACUAGGUUAGAAUGUAAAUUUAAAGUGUAGCAAUAGCAACAAAAUAUUUAUUCUACUGUAAAUGACAAAAUAAAAAAAACAAAAAUUGAGCCUUGGGACGUGCCCAUUUUUACUGUAAAUUAUGAUUCCAUAACUGACUUGUAGUAAGCAGUGUUUCUGGCCCCUAAGUAUUGCUGCCUUGUGUAUUUUAUUUAGUGUACAGUACUAUAGGUGCAUACUCUGGUCAUUUUUCAAGCCAUGUUUUAUUGUAUCUGUUUUCUACUUUAUGUGAGCAAGGUUUGCUGUCCAAGGUGUAAAUACUCAAUGGGGAUAAAACUGGCAUGGUACUUAUUUUUGCUUUGCUCUUUUAGAGAUAAAGGCCCAUCUAUGAGCAUAUUUAACAACACUCCAUAGAGCCUUUUCCUGUGAUGUUAACUUUAUUUAAUUUUAAUUUUUUUUUCCAGGGAGGGGGGAGGACUGUCCAGGGAGGGGGGAGGGGAAACUGCCCUUGAACUUUAAGUGAAGCUAAAGAAAAAAAAAAAAGGUGAUGGGUUGUAUUGUGCUUUGUAUUGAAUGCUGUCGCUACAUUUCUUCCCUUGUCCUCCAGUAUGUUCUCAAGUUGUGUAUGAGACCUAGGUUCAACUAUCACUUUGGCUGGUGAUAGGGCUAAUUAUUUUGCUUUGUAUAUUUUCUUUCUAUCUUUUUUUUCCUUUCUCUGGAGGCAUCACGUGCUGGUGCUGUGUCUUUAUGAAUGUUUUAACCAUUUUCAUGGUGGAAGAAUUUUAUAUUUAUGCAGUUGUACAAUUUUAUUUUUUUCUGCAAGAAAAAGUGUAAUGUAUGAAAUAAACCAAAGUCACUUGUUUGAAAAUAAAUCUUUAUUUUGAACUUUAUAAAAAGCAAUGCAGUACCCCAUAGACUGGUGUUAAAUGUUGUCUAAAGUGCAAAAUCUAUGUUCUAACAUGUAAUAAAUGCCAGGAGUACAGCGCUCUUGUUGAUCUUGUAUUCAGUCAGGUUAAAACAAUGGACAAUAAAUGAAUGAACACAUUA